AUGUUUUCAAGACCAGCUGAUGUAGUGGCGGUGUAUAUAUCACUUUCAUACGUGGUUGCGGUACACACUGUAUCCAGAGAUGUUAAUGAAUUCAAGAUCAGGAGAGAUGACCCUAAGGUAAUAAAAGCAAGGAUGAAAGCUGUCAUUGCCUUAUCCGCGUUCCACUUGACCACCAUCCCACUACUUCUCAAAUACAUGAACGGGGAUUCAAUCCAGAACACCUUGUUACGCUUUGGUUUACUUCCAGGGUUCCUUAACGAAACCGAAACCGGCCUGCCAAGUUGGGUCCCCUUCAAUUAUUUCAAAGAUUCAUCUCGUCACUUGUCGCUUGCAAUAGUGUUAUAUUCCACUCCGUUAUUAGAUUCACUGCUACAUUACUGUUUCCUGCCGGAUAAGAGUUACAAAGAUAUCAUAAGUGAUAUUUGCUGCGAAUUUUCUACUAUUUGGGGGCUCAGAGACUAUAUCUUCGGUCCUAUAACUGAAGAAUUAUUUUACACAUCGAUGAUGUUGGUGGCUUACUUGAGACUUGGUGAUUCAUCUCAGUAUGACGCGAAUUAUUUGACAUUAAUCGUCCCUAACCUGUUUGGGAUAGCACAUGUACACCAUGCGUUUGAACAAUACUCUCUAGGGAUCAUGAACCUUGCCAAUAUCAUCUUCAUCACUUUAUUGCAAAUGUCCUACACCUGGCUCUUUGGAUCCUUUACCAACUACCUAUUCCUCAAUAGCUCAGGAAACCUAUGGUCCUGCAUCUUGAUUCAUACCUUCUGUAACUACAUGGGAUUACCUCAGGGAAACACUUUUUCGAAGGCAUACGCAUUGGUGCCAAUAGAAAAGAGAUCCAAUUUGGGGACCUUAUUCUCUUCUGUUUGGAGGCUCCUAUAUUUGCCAUUGUUGGUCAUUAGCAUUGUUCUAUUCAAGAAUAAUUUGACUUCCUUAACUGCAGGCACAUAUGAACCCAUUGUAUAA